GCCUCACACUCCAUACUUUCUCCAGACAUCCAAGAAGAAGAAGAAAAGCGACUUCAUCCCCUACAGAGACUCUGUUCUCACCUGGCUUCUUCGAGAAAAUUUGGGAGGAAACUCUCGAACCAUGAUGCUGGCCACACUUUCUCCUGCAGAUGUGAAUUAUGAAGAGACCUUAUCAACUCUGCGUUAUGCAGACCGAGCCAAGCAAAUAGUCUGCAAGGCAGUUAUUAAUGAAGAUCCCAAUGCUCGCAUGAUCCGUGAACUUAAACUGGAAGUGGAACACCUUCGGAGCUUGCUGCGGUUGGAGAAAAAUGUUGUAGUUGCGGGUAAGAAAAAGUCUUGA